GAUAAUGUCAUAUCGCACAUUAUUACAACAACAUUACCAUAUUAUCGCAGAAGAUAUAUUGUAUAUUGCACACCCCAGACUCGACUUGAGUGGAAAAUGAAUCAUCGGUUGUGUGAGCACUUACUAGCACAUGAGCAAAGGUGUUUUUAGGAGACUGACUUGCAAGCGCCAGAUCACUGAUUCGUCAAACCUGCUUUCCUGCAAUCCGUGUUCUUCAGACUUCUGACUAUUUUUCAGUAACGAAUAUGCUUUGGGGAAAUGUAUCGGAGUAAAAGUAUACAUUUUAAUUAAGAAAUGUAGUGGAGUAAAAGUAAAAGUUGGCUGAAAUAUAAAAACUCAAGUAAAGUACAGAUACUCCCAAAAAAAUACUGUAAACGAAGUAUUAUUACUUCGUUACAAUACACCACUGCUUGUCUUCAGGAUCAUUAGAAAAUCACAGGUAACGUUAGGUGAGUUUGAUCAGGGUUGGAGCUAAACUCUGCAGCGCAUUGCCCCUCAAGGGCAAGAUUUGAGGAACCCUUAUUUAGAACGUCAAAAAUAAAUCAAUCACAGCAGUUUUGGGAAUAUUUUGGGCAUAUUUAACAUUUUAGAGGACUCCUAGUUAGUGUAUUAAUAAUAAGCUUUGUUUUUUCUGGAAUUAACAGUUAAAAUCGGGCUCUAUGAAAAGAGCUUAUCAGAACAAUGCAAGUUUAGCGUUCCAAAACAAAGAACCGCGCGUUAUGUCACAUUUCGAAUGCGACGCAACGGCACGUUCGGCCAAUCAGUGGGGGGAAACGGGACACAGUGGGCGAGUCUCUCUUCCUCAGGGAGCGGUCCACCAAAUUCAAACAGCCACAAGAAACAAAGCAAAGGAUAGUCCGAUUUCAUCAGACUCCGCGGUGUGGAAAAACAACGGCCAUUUUCGUCUCUCUAAGAUCUUAUUAUGACGUCCACGAUUGUGAGCGGGGUCUGGAGGUCACAUGCAGUCCUCGAUGAGUCAGAACCUGACAGCUCGCCCGAAGCGGCACAGCAGUUUAAGAAGAUGCGCUCCUCCAGCUCGCUGAACUCAGUGAGAAUGUCUCUGCGCAAGCGACUGCCCUUGAAACCAGUGCAAUCCAACAUGAACAUCUCUGAGACCGCCACAUGGGAGUCACUACAGAUGAACCAAAAGACUAGUGCUGUCCACAAAAUGACCCGCAGUGCCAAAAACUCCAUUGGAAGCGUCUAUCAGAGGUUUCAAAGGAGCAGACAGUCACGUCAGGAGUGUCUAGUCAUGACACCUGGUAGAACAUCAGAUGGUGAGGAAUGUGAUUGCAUUGGGACGUCACAAACCCCAAAACGAUAUGCUUCUCUUACUACCAUCACCCCCAGGCGAACUCCAAGGUCAACCAACAAGCGGACUCCUCGAAGGGCCUGUACCCCAGAAGCUAUCGACUCUGCCGUUAGGACUGUGAAGACCACGGGCACCAGGAGGCAGCUGGUGCGAAUGGCUGCACUCAGAAGCCCUUUUGCAUCACCCAACACAAUGAGUAGCAGGAGGCAGUUUGAUGAGGAUCUGGAUUGUGUAUCCAAAGGCCUCCGGAGGCUGAAGCGUCUCUCUCAAGCCUUUGAUGAUGCGAUUGGGAAAGAUGAUCGGGUCCAGGCCUUGGAGCACUACAAAGCGGUCAUGAACAUCGGCUAUAGCUCCACCAAGAGUAACAUUUCCAGAGGACUGAACAGGGCUUCCAUCCGAAAACAGACCCAGCGCAUCCAGCAGACCGUCAGCAGCUGGACUGAUGUGGCCAUGUCAAACAUCCGUAAAACUUCUUAAAAGAGGCACCUGUUUUCAUUAUGCAACUAAACGUGUGUGGUCUUGCGUUUCUCAGUAUAUGCCAGAAGAGGCCUUAUCCAGUAUUUUGAAUGGACUCUUUUCCUAUCUGUCUGUAUCUUUUAAGUGUUUAAAUUAAAGGGCAACUGAAUAUACUGUAUCACUAUUUGGGAAUAGUUUGCAUUUACAGCUGCUAAUUAUCAGAUGUAUGUGCAUGAUUUUAGUUAAUGCACAUUCAUGGCUCAGUGUGCUUGCCGUAAUGAAGCAUUUAGCAAUUCUGCUGUGAAAAACCACCAAAAGAUGUGAAUACCAAAUGUAAGCAUAUUUGAAAUACAUAUGUGGAGAGGUCAAGGAAUUGGAAAAAAAGCUGAAUGUUAUUCAUCAAAGAAAAGAUGAACAAUAUUCAAUUUUUUUGUGUGGAUUUUUUCUUUUUCUUUUUUUUUUUUACAAAAGAAAAAUAUAUCCAUCCAACACUAAACUAACAUAGAUACUGACUGUGGGAGAUGUUACUAAUGUUAUGUUUGCUAACUGUCUAACCUAUUUAGUUGAAGUUUAUUAACAGUAUUUUACUACUUUGGUACUUUACUGAGUUUACUGUAAAACGUUAGUAUUUGUGUAAAGGGAGAAUAAAAUGCAAAGUAUGACAUUUUCACAAAUUCACCAAGCAAAUAUUAAGACACUAUAAUCAUUGAUUGUACUUACAAUAUAAUGAUCUAUAUGUGAACAUUACCAAAGGAGAAUAAGAGAAUUCAAAUGUGGGUGAAACAUACUCAAAAGCAUGUAAAAGUUUUGUAGACAAUUUCUAAGUUGAAAUUAUGUUUACAUGUAUUGCUUUGCAUUAUGCAUGUGAUUUGUUUAGAAAAGGACAAAAAAAAAAAAACAGUUGUUAGCUUUUUUAUACUUAAUAAAAAUUGAAUAUUUGAUACAUUUAAAUGAU